AUGAGGUUCAUUGGCCCCACUGGCUGGCGACGGUGGUUCGAAGUCCUUGUCCUCACCUUUGUCGUCUCCACCAUCAAGUUCCUUGUGCCUGUGGUUCUGAUGGAUGGCGUGGGCAAUGUCUUCGGCUCGGUGAAGCAAACGCUGUGGUGGUCUGAUCAAGCAGAGGCCGUCAAAGCCAUCUUCCACCAGGAGAUGAUGGUAUCGGAUAUGGCCAUUCUAGGCACGGUGCAAUUUUUCAUCGCCUGCUGGACGUACGGCGCGGGCGUUCCGAGCGGGCUCUUCCUACCCUCGCUUUACCUGGGCGCUGCUUGGGGAAAGCUUCUGGGAAUGGGCUUUUACUAUGCUGGAAUGCUGCAUCACAUCAGCGAUGCCGACAAGUACGCCUUCGUUGGCUCUGCUGCUGCGUUAUCUGGCCUCGGGCGGAUUACGAUCUCGCUCUCCGUCAUCGUGAUGGAGUGCACCAUCAACAAUCAGUUUGGCGUGCCGCUCUUCCUCGCCACAAUGCUAGCAAAGUGGGUGGGUCAACUCUUCAACGAGGGGAUUUACGACCUGCACCUGGAGUUGAAGCAUGUGCCCCUUUUGGAGCCAAUGGGUGGCAAGGAGCUUCUCGACCUGCGUGCCAUGGAUAUCAUGGCCCGGGAAGUCAAGACUCUGCCAGCCUGCGCUCCCGUCAAGCAGCUGGUGGGAUUGCUACAGGACGAGAGUCACAACCAUCACGGCUUUCCCAUCAUUGACAUGCCCUCCGGUGUCUUCCUGGGCCUCAUCCGGCGCAGCGAGCUCCUGCACGUCCUGGAGAGAGGCAAGAAGUUUGACUUUCACGCCAAUCGCCAGGGCGCCUUCGGAGAUCAGAAGGAUCUCGUGCACCCGAUGGUGUACAAGCUUUCACCUGACGAGAUUUUAAACCAGAUCUCCGAAGAGGACUUGGACAAGCAGGUCAACCUCAUCCCGUACAUGAACCGGGCAGCAUACACGGUGCCACACAAGGCAUCCGUGCUGAGAUGCUUCGCGAUCUUCCGCUCGAUUGGGCUUCGUCACCUGCCCGUCCUCGACGAGCAGAGCCGGAUCAGAGGAAUGAUCACGCGAAAGGACCUGCUGCUCGAGCACCUUCACGAGAAGAAGUGGGAUGUCUACGCCAGCGAUGUGGACGAUGACUCUGAAGACGAGGAGAGCGGUUGA